UUUGUCUCCCACAGGUGCAGCAGCAUCUGGGAAUGCUGGCGAUGGAGCUUCUUUCCUUCCGUAUAUUCCGGUGAAUCCGCCGAAGGAGGCAAAUGAGUCCAGGCCAGACAGACAUCUUAUCUUCCGAGAUGUUGGAGAAAGCAGCUCUCGGGUGCGCCCUAUUGGCAUGCGAAUCGAGCCGCUCCUCUGCAACCUCUGCCCGUACACGACACACUAUACAAACCACUUCAAGGACCACAUGCGGACUCACAGUGGAGAGAGGCCCUUCAAGUGCACAAAGUGUACGGCGACGUUUACGACGAGAACAAGCUGUCGGCGCCACCUGCGAACUGUACAUCGAUAAGGUUGGCAGCUUGGCGAGUGUUGCAGCACGACAAAGAACUCGAGGCAAGGGGCGAUCAUUUCUCCAGUGGUGGACGGUGAGGGAGAACACCGAAGAGACAGCUGAGACUGAGCCAAACAAGCCACGCAAGUUUCGCCAGCUCGUCGGGAGCACCACUAAAGAUGCAGUAGCACCGACCAAUUGUGGUGAAGGCACUUCAUUUCCCCAGUCAUGGCCGGCGGAUCCUUCCGAGGAGGCGGGCGAGUUCAGGCCAAGCAGGCAUUCUUUCUUCCAAAGUAUCGGCGAGGGCGACGUUCGAGUAUGGAAGAACGGGAUGCGGAAAGAGCCACUUCUUUGCAACCUGUGUCCAUACGUGACACACUAUUCAACCCACUUCAAGGACCACAUGCGGGUUCACAGUGGAGAGAAGCCCUUCAAGUGCACAAAGUGCCCAGCCUCGUUCACACAGAGGGCGCACUGUCAGCGGCACUUGCUCACCCACGAGCCCAAGAAGCCUCACCAACGUGCUGCACUUGCGCGUGCCUCUGUUCGGAAAGCGAGGGGCUUGGAAUGCUGCGAUCAUUCAAGAAAGCGUGUGCUUGGAGCUGCAGCAGGACGAAGCGCUCGAGGCAAGGGCAGAUCAUUUCUGCAGCUAUGGUCGGUGAGGGAAAAUGCUGAAGAAGCAGCUGAGACUGAAGGUAUCAGGCCACGCAAGUUUCGCCCGAUCUUUGGGAGUUCCAUUACAGAUGCCACUGCCCGGGCAAAGAAAAGUGGAACGAGGAAAGAUCCGUUCCUUUGCAAUCUUUGCCCGUACACCACGCACUAUGCGACUCAUAUGAAAGACCACAUGCGAAUGCACAAGGGGGAGAAGCCCUUCAAGUGCACGAAGUGCCCUGCUGCGUUCACACAGGCGGCAAAUUGUCGGCGCCACGUACGCACCCAUGAUUGUGAGAAAACCCCGCUGACAUGAUUUCAUAUUCGUGGGCACUUGCCUUAAGCAGCAGUCAUACUCUCUGGAGAUGUGCACGAAGAAAUAUGUUAACAGAUGUAAACACAACGUAAAGGAUAUUACUGCUCCAGAGCGAGUUAUACAAGACAGCCAAGGUACACAAACAGCAAACAUGGUAAUUGCUUUUUUUAAUCUGGCUAGAUAGGAACGGGCUCAGUUUAGGAGAAAUUUGAGUCCGGAAAACUCAUUCGUGAGCUUUGGUACAUAGCUGUUAUCAGUGCUUUAGUGUGAAUAGGCAAAUACUAUUGUGGAGCCAUGUGGACUUAACAUAGAAUGACAAAGGCAUACUUAAAUAAACACAGGCUCUGUCAUCUAUUGAUCCAAAGUGGGCUGCCAAGUGGAGCCACUGGAAUGAGGACAACAAAAUGUGCAUGUGUGUGCUCCACAUGUCAAGCAUUAUUAAAAUAUAUUUGUAUGACAAGGUAUUACUUAUAAUCAAAUUCGUGACAAUAUGUGUGCUUUUUCCUUUCUCUGCAUGAUAGAGCAUUCGUAUUCGAAAAGCAGCGUAUCGGUUAACCCGGAAGUUGUUUUGAAAUAAAACAGCUUAAAGAGCAUGUAUAGUAAUCUUGUAUUCCAAUUUUGCAUUGCUUACUGCUAGCUUGUUGCACUACUUGAUUAUAACUGCAUAAAAAAAAAUCGCAGUUUCGCCUGGAAAUCACAGCACUUACGAUAAAUUUGUAAUAACAAAGUUUUCAGCAACAUGAAGCAAGGCUCGUAGUUUCGUUGGUCAUAAAUUGCAGUGAGCAUUCCCUUUCUGACUACAAUACCAAGCAUGGUGUCGCGCAUGCACGGGCAAACACGAGCAGAUGUCACUCAACGACCACAAGCAUUUGCUAUGACAACAUUGCCACAAUGAAGAGUGGCACCAAUGGCGAGUAAAUUACCCUUAGGGCUGCCUCCUGGUUUAACGCGAAGUAGGUAUGGGAGAACACAGGGCACACGAAGCCAUGGGCGAAUGUAGCCUUUGUACCCAUACCUCCAAGAUAGGCUCACACGGUUGUGCACAGCUGUGCCAUUCGCAGCCACCCGCCCGCUGGAGGGAACACACCAACUUCUUCCUCCUCCUCUUCUAUUGCAUGCUCACUGCUUCCCCACUUGUGCACACAAAGAGACUGCUCGCAUCCGCCCCACCCCUCCUUCCUGUGUGAGCGAGGCACUGCCACACCAGGUUGCCAUCCCCGGCUCUGCGUUGCACCUACAGCACACUGUGCACGGCCGCGAUCUUAUCACACUUGGACUUUAUACAGAACAUUAUGGUGAAGAUGGCGGCAAUUCAUGUGUAGUGUCCAUAUAAUUGCUAUUGCAAAAAAAUGUUGACUUGCAAUACACAUACCCAGUCAUUUUAUUGCGAUAGCAAUGAUGCCAAUUACGUCUUUUCAUGCCAUGCGUAACGACAAGACAACAAAGGGUGGUGGCGCUGCCUUGUUAAUCAAGAACUAAAUUAAGUACAAACCACUUCCCAUCAUUGAGGAUCACGAGAGCAUAUGGUGCAAAUUAUUCAUGGGUAGAUUUGUUUUAAUAAUUUGUGUUAUUUAUCGUGCCCUUGACAGCUCCUCGGAGUUUCUUCAGAAGCUUGAUUACAUUGUAAGCAUAACUAACAAACGUAGUAGGUUAAUACUAGUGGGCGAUUUUAACCUGCUGGUGUUGACUGGAAUGCACGCAUAUCAAGCACUCUCGAUAGGCUACACACGGACUGUAUGUUGGAAAUAAUGGCAAAACAUAGUCUAACUCGAGUGGUAAAUGAACCAACGCGAAAAUAGGGCCAAUGCCACUCGAUACUUGAUGCGGUAUUUUUAUCAUAUAAGAGCUUUUAUUGCCAAAUCGAUGUAGAAAAUGGAAUAUCGGACCACCAACCAUAGCAGCCACCCUUAGGAUAGAUGAUAAGGGUUUUGCCAAACAUUGUAACACGCACGUGCUAAAUUUUCGAAGGGCAGAUGACACAUCAGUUCUUGAUAAUCUAGAGAUACCUCUUGACACGAUACCACAGGAAAAUGAUGUGCAGCAUGUUUGGACAUAUUUUAAGUCAACAGUUGCAGAUUGUAUAUCGCAGUUUGUACCUGUCAGAUGGAAACGCAUAGAAAACGCAAGCCCGUGGAUAACUAGAACCAUUAUUCACUUGAAAUGCCAACUACGGCACGCCUGGCAGGUGAUGCCAAGAAACCCUGACAUGAUAUCUGUUCUUAGCGCGCAGGUUUGAACUGAAUUAAAGACAGCCAGGGCAACUUUCUUUUCGACUGCCUUGACCAAUUACGUGCUAAACAGUCCGGACAGAUUCUGGGGAUACCCUACUGCUUCAAUAUCAGCAAUAACUGCAGUGCACGUGAAUUAUAGCAUUUACAGCAAGCCAGACCUCAUGGCAAAGGAAUUCAAUAAUUUCUUCUGCUCAGUGUUCUUGCCUGGUCAAAUCGACCCCCCGAUACAGGAAUUACGGGACACCUGUGGAGACGAAAUUCAAAUUUCAAAGGAAGGAGUAUUAAAGCUCCUAUUGAAACUAAAUUGUGAGAUGUCAUCAGGGCCAGAUGACAUACGAAAUGAAUUUCUGAAACGCCAUAGUGACUGAGUUGUAGAAUUCUUAGUACAAAUUUUUAGGGCAUUAUUAGACACUGGUACUUUACCUGAUGACUGGCUAAUGGCCAAGGUAGCGCCGAUAUUCAAAAAAGGAGACAGAUUCAACGUGAAGAAUUACCAUCCUAUUUCUGUUACAUGCACUGUUUGUAAAGUGUUGGAACACGUCCUCUGCCAGUAUAUAAUAGAGAACACGGAAACAAAAAAAAAUAUAUUUUAUGCUAAACAACAUGGAUUUCAUAGGUACCUCUCCACCGUGACCCAGCUGUUUGAGACAGUUGAAUACUUUGUGUUAGCCAUAAACAACAAAGACGACAUAGAUGUCAUAGCCUUUGAUUUUUCUAAGGCAUUUGGUUGCCAUGCAGAACUUGUGCGCAAGCUUUAUGACACUGGUCUUAGUACAAAAAUAGUAUGAUGGGCUCAGGCUUAUUUAAAGAAUCGACAACAGUUCAUAAAAAUUUCUAAUGUGCGGUCGUCAACAUUGCCGGUUACGUCCGGCGUUUCUUAGGGGUCAGUCUUGGGGCUGGCGCUGUUUCUGAUAUACAUUAACGAUAUAGCCAUGAACAUUAGCCCACUGAUCGAAGUAUGACUAUUUGCAGAUGACUGUUUGGUGUUCUGCCGGGUAAAAAGCGCCAUUGACCAAAUUUUAUUGAAUGAGUCAUUGCAGAUUAUUAAUGAAUAUUGUACCUUGCAGGAUACGUAAAUUAACUUAAACAAGUCUGCUUGCAUGACUGUGUCAAAUAAGAAACUACCCUCGCUUUUUUCGUAUGCUAUUGGUGGUGAUAUAAUAAAACGUACAAAAGAAAUGAAAUAUCUUGGAAUAACCAUAAUACACGAUCUAAAAUAUAACUGUCAUGUGGCCAUCACUAGUGGCUCCACACAGUGAAAGCUUGGCUUGUUAAAAAGGAAAUCGAAGUUUGCCAGUUGUGAUGUAAAACUAAGUGCAUACCGGGCAAUUGUUCGCCCUAGUCUAGAGUACGGAAGUAUAGUCCGGGACCCAUACCAUUGAUACCUCAUUAACAAACUAGAAAAAGUACAGCGUCUUGCUGCCAGGUUUAUUUUCUCCUGCUACAAUCGAACGCAAUCAGUUACAGAGUUACUUGAUAGGGCUAACCUUCCGGCACUUGCUGAGUGCUGGAGUGUUGCUAGAUUAAAAUUUAUGUUCCAAUUACAAACGUGAAGCCUAAACGUGCAUCCCAGCCUGUACUUGUGACCUCCUGGCAGAAUAGCACCAAGCAUUAAUCACAGCUAUGCUUUCAUGCCUUAUUCCUCCAGAUUUGAUGUCUGUAAGCAUUCUUUUUUGGUUAAAACAAUUGUUGACUGGAACAUACUUAAUUCCGAGGUUUUUGAAAAUGUUGACUGUGUGGUUUCCUUUGAAAGAAACUUGGAAAUGUUGUUUUACUAAUCGUAAGUGUAUAUAUGCCUUGUAAUUAUAUACGCCUUGCAGAUAAUUAUUGAUUCGUUUUUUUUGUGCAUGCUGCUCUUUUGUUAUAAGAUUGUAUUUCCCACUCUGUAACAGCCCGAAAAGGGCUCACAGUAUGGACAUAUAAACAAAUAAUAAUAAUGUGGACACUCCAGGCGUAUUUCUGUUGUCGGCGCCACCGUGGUGUUCUGUAUAAAGUCUAAGGGCGAUAACAUCAUCCCCAUGUGCUGUAUACUGUAUGUGUGAGUUAAAGCAUGUGACAGUGAGCCAACGAUGGCAGCUCAAUCGCGCACGCAUGGGCAGAAAGUGGGGUGGAAGCAUGUCGUCUACCAUCGCAUGCAGAGCACCGGGAGUAGGGGAGGGAGGGGGAGGGUGUUAUACUUUAGUGGUUGCUGCAUGUGGCUUGGUCGUGUGGGCCCCAUCUUGAAAGUGAUCUAUGAUGGGGAAAGAGUCUAGGUGCACCAACAGCAAAUAGCCUCAUGUGCGUUAUUUUCUUGCCGCUUAUUUGCAUUGAAGCAAGAAGCAGUACGAAGGUCAAUUCGCUCGCUCCUGCUGCAGUGCUUCCUCACUCCCGUGUUUUGAGAGUGAGUUUCUGUGAUCAUCGAGUUAGGUGUAAUGUUUGCUUGUGCACAUGUGACACUAUGCUGGUCAGUUUAGCAAUUGAAUGUUUACGAGUUUACCUGGCCGAUAAAACUGCUAUUCUUACUUCAUAUAGCUGUCUAAUUAUUUUGUAUCACAAUCGAUGCUUUGCUUUUCAGGCGAAACUGCGACUUCCUUUUUUUUCCCUCUCUUGAUGUUAUUGGUCUGGAGCACAGUGUUCCUAAGGUUGUGUAUUUCAUUACUUUGUCACCAAAUAAACUGUUUGAAUGAAUUUGUAAAGAGAGCUAUUUAUGUAUGUAGAGACAAAUACUAUCGAAAAUAAGAUAACAUUGCUUGUCUUGCUUUAAUGAUUAACGUUUUCUUGCACUUCAUUGUAAAAAAAUGUCUAGACCGAUGUGCAAGCGCGACCUGAAUCAGGCUUUAUUGCAAAAGUGCCUGAUAUUGAAUUUAUGUUCAUGCAUGAGUGACUGCAUUUAAGUGAAAAUGUUUUUGCUUUGUCUGAAUAAAGACACCCUCGCAGCACUUUCAGAA